AUGAGCGUUAGUCACCCCAUGCAACGAGCAAUCGACCUGGCCCGAGGAGCACUGGGUAGCACCAGUCCCAAUCCCGCGGUAGGAGCCGUAGUGGUCCAGGAUGGGAUCAUUGCCGGAGAAGGUUAUACGCUUCCACCGGGACAACGGCACGCUGAAAUCGGAGCCUUGCAACAGGCAGGGCCUCUGGCCAAAGGAUCCACUCUGUACACGACUCUUGAACCUUGCUGCCACUUCGGCAGGACACCCCCUUGCACUGACGCCAUAAUUUCUGCUGGUGUUAGGGAGGUCAUAGCCGCCUCCAUUGACCCGAAUCCGCUGGUCGGGGGCAAGGGCCUGGAGAAGCUGCGGGUCGCCGGCGUUGAAGCCACCUUAGAACCCUGCUCCGACGUUGGCGAACUUUACGAAGGAUUUGCCAAGCAUGUUACCACCGGGUUGCCGUUUGUAUUGGCCAAGUUUGCCAUGAGCCUGGAUGGAAAGAUUGCUACCUAUACGGGCGAUUCCAAGUGGGUGAGCGGCCCCUUGGCGCGGGAUGAGGUGCAGCGGAUGCGGCGGGAGUGUGACGCCAUCAUGGUAGGAAUCAAUACCGUGCUUGCCGACGAUCCCCAGCUAACUGCCCGGGCCCAUGACGGAUCUGCCUUGAACCGCCAGCCUCUUCGGGUAGUGCUGGACAGUCAUUGCCGGACACCCAGCGAGGCUCGUAUGCUCAGGGAACCCGGGACGACGCUGAUCAUCGCUUCCGGUGAAGCCCCGGGCCAGGAAAUUGAGCGACUGCGGGCGGCGGGAGCCGAGGUCUGGAGUGGGCCCCUGCAUUCUCCGGGAAUGGUCGAAAUGAGCGAAGUCCUAGUGGAAUUGGGGCAUCGUGACGUCGUGAGCCUGCUGGUUGAGGGCGGCGGCAUUAUUUUGGGGAGCCUGUUUGACAUGGGUCUGGUGGACAAGGUUAACGUCUUCAUUGCACCGGUCAUUAUCGGGGGAAGCCAAGCCUCCUCACCUAUUGAGGGGCAUGGGCCAGAGUUCAUGUCCCAGGCUUGGAAAGUGGACAAGACUGAGAUCAGGCAGAUAGGGCCCGAUUGGCUCAUAACGGGGUAUCCCAACAGGACUCCUUAA